CAAGCACUAAAACGGAGGAUAGCCAGCUGCCAAGCAGAGCAGGCAUUUCGUAGACUAUUCUAGUUUUGAGAAUGACAAAAAUCGUAAAAUGAAUCCUUGGGAGCCGGUCACCUUGAAGCAGUUCCACCUCGAUCAUGGAUGAGCCCAAGAAGGACGAGGAUAGUACCAGUUCUCAAACGAAUCCCGGGCUCGAGCGUCAGAUCUCCGAGGAGGCUCUCCAGGAACGCGAACAACGCGCCAUAGUGUAUACAGCGCCCGGUGGAGUGUCCGUGAGCACAGACACCCGUGAUGAUCCGCUUCCGCCGCGAAAAAGGAAGAAGAGGGUUCCACCCGCAGUGCCGGUAAGGAAACGCGUGAAAGGAUUUGACAACCAAACGGAUGCCGGAAGUGCCGACAGUGUGAAGAGUGCACCCAGAUCCCAGCGUUCCGUGAGAUCAGCCAGCACUGAACUGGCCUCCAGUUCACGAUCCUCUCAUAGAGAAGUGAGAGGAUUGCGAACACGUUCCUUAGAUCGGGAUAGUUUGUCCUCAUAUACUGAUGAUCUGGAAAAAGAAAAUGAUAAGUAUAGAACAAAAGGGGCGCAAAGAAAUGUAGACUACGACGCGAUCGAAGUUCUCAGGGAGGGCAGUUCGGAGGCGGAAAAGGAUGUGGAAUCCGGUCCUUCAAGCAGCUCCUCCUCCCACUGGCGAAGGGAAGAUUUUAAUAUUGAGGAUAUGGAUGGCUGCCUUGCCGGGAUAACCGGUUUCAUUGUGACCGCACUGUCCAUGGGUCUUCUUAUAAUGAUCUCCUGGUUCAUUAUCUCGCAAAUGGAUUUUAUUCUUGUGGUAGUCACCUGGACGGCCAAAUCGCUUGAAGAAUCCAUGAUGAUCUUUGGUGGCCCCACUAAAGAACAUCAAGACGAUAGUCGUCUUUCCCCCGAGCUACCGGACUGAAGUCUCCGAAAAUUGAAUUCCCUGACUCACUCACUGGCUGGGCAAGCAUGUAUGCUCCGACAUUAUCUAGAUCAGUUUUCAGUUGCUUAAAGGUUGACACUGCUCUUAUCACUAGAGCUCCUACUGCUGACUCACCCGAUGUCUCCUGCUCCCGGGGGGUUUAUCUAAACAGUUAUCACUGCUGCACUUGUUUUUGCCAUUGUCUGGGCGGUUAUUUUCAUUAAGCUGUAGAUAGCCAGAGUUCUAUUUAACCGGGACUUAC